AUGAUCUUCAUACCCCGUGAAAUUCAAUACCUCAUCCUAGAUGAAGCCGAAAAAUCACAAUAUACAACUCUCAUCUUAGUCUGCAAAGCAUGGAAAACAAAGCUUUUCAACAAGUUCAAGCAACGUUAUGUUCAGCCACAUUACCCUGAUGCCGAAUAUAUCGCAGCCCAUCAGGAGUUAGACCUAGGACUCAUUGCUCCAGUACCUCCUGAAAAGGCACCAUUCUUAAUCCACUCUGCCAUUGUGGGGCAUUCGAGAUAUUUACGAGGUACAAUCAAGAAAAUAGAUUGGGGCACGGGAUCUUGGUUACAGCUGGGGGAAUAUAAUGUCGAUAAAGCGCCUAAACCGGAUGAUCCUGAUAUACUAGCGGACACGGAGAAGUUCAAAAAGUACCUGCAUGAUCCCGUUAUCAUUCCAAACGCAGAAGAUACUAUGCUUUCGGGGCGUAGGAUUAAUCUCGUCACUCGUUAUCCUGGAGGAUCGAGCCAUCAGCUUGCGCGACGAAGCGAGUCCAAUACAGCGAAAGGAAAUCAGAGGGUCCUAGUGGGAGAGGCAUUGGGGUUUGAGUUUUUCCGCGGAGGUAGGCUACUAGAACGGCCAGAACUUGAGGAAGAUGAAGUUGUGCCAAAGUGCUCUUAUCAUAUUGUAUAUAACUGUGCGCCCGAUCCUGAUGGGAAAGCGGUUGUUGAUUCGCACACUGAUGUAACCGUGUUUCUUUAUUAUCCCGAUAUAGAAUCAACGGUGGAGAUUUGA